AUGGCGCACUGCAAGACAGAGCAGGAUGACUGGCUGCUGGCCCACCUGAAGUACCUGCUGUUUAUCUUCAACUUCUUCUUCUGGGUAGGUGGGGCAGCCGUCAUGGCCGUGGGUAUCUGGACACUGGUGGAGAAGAGUGUUUACCUCAGCAUCUUGGCCUCCAGCACGUUUGCUGCCUCUGCCUACGUCCUCAUUUUCGUUGGCGGUCUUGUCAUGACAACUGGCUUCCUGGGCUUCGGGGCCAUCAUCCGGGAGCAGAAGAGCUGUCUCUCCACAUAUUUCUGCCUGUUGCUGGUCAUCUUCCUGGUGGAGCUGGUGGCAGGCGUCCUGGCGCAUGUGUACUACCAGAGGCUGAGCGAUGAACUGAAGCGGCAUCUGCACAGCACCCUGACUGAGCACUAUGGGCAGCCCGGGGCUGCAGAGAUCACAGCCUCAGUGGACCGUCUGCAGCAGGAUUUCAAAUGUUGUGGCAGUAACAGCUCAGCCGACUGGCAGCACAGCGUAUACAUCUUGUCUCAGGAAGCCAUCGGUCGCCAGGUGCCCGACAGCUGCUGCAAGACAGUGGUAGCCCGCUGUGGUCAGCGGGCCCACCCCUCCAACAUCUACAAGGUAGAGGGAGGCUGCAUGGCCAAGCUGGAGCAGUUCUUGGCUGACCACCUGCUGCUCAUGGGAGCAGUGGGCAUUGGGGUAGCCUGUCUUCAGAUCUGCGGAAUGGUUCUCACCUGCUGCUUGCACCGAAGGCUCCAGCAGCACUUUUAUUAAAGGAUACCCCUGUGUGGGCCCACACCAAAGCCCACAUCUCCACCCUGAACCAGGCCUGCAAAGUCAAUGCUGGGGCCAUGGACUCCCUCCACCUGUGCGGAGGCCACCAAAUGCCUGUGAUUGUGACUCCUGUGCAUCCCGGCUGGGCAGGGUCCUCCGCUCACUCCUCCAUUUCUAAGCACUCAGCCACUGCCGGAAUCUUUGGCAAGGGAUGGUCCUGGCAAGAGACAGACACAGCCCUUUGCCAGGCACCGGGACACUGGACUACGGGGAGGCCAUAUUCAUCUCAGACUCUGGAAUAGAAGAUGUCAGAUGAGUGCCUCCAAGACUCCUGCGGGGCUUGGCGUGCGCUUCUCAUGGGCACGGGGCCCCAGCUGGGUCUCCUCAGAGAAAAGCAGCACUUUGGGCACACUGGGUUAGCUCACCCUUCCCAAAAUCUAACUGGUUUUCAGUGUCCCCCACAGAACAGCCAGCCAUGUUCUUCCUGUAAGGCACGGGGCAGGAGCCAUCUAAGGUGGCAUCUUAAGGCUGUGACGCCACCAGGACAGGGCACUAAGGAGGCAGGUUGGUUGCUACACUCAGGAGAGAGUCACAGGAUGGCCACAAGCCCCAGCCUCUGGUCCUGGUCCCAGGCUUGACUCCCAAAGUGUAAAACUCUUCCCCAGCGGGGCAUACCACAGUCUCAGCUGCUGAGGAGAGGAAACUGUGGGGAAGGAGGUACCCUGCCUGUACCCCAUUUCCUGGUGCCCUGGGGACCCCACUGUUUCUCUUCCAUGCACUCUCCACUUCCUUCUCCGCUAUCCUGGAAUAGACGCCAUCAUCCCCUCCUUUGUUCCCCUCUCUAGUCAUGGAAUGACACACAGAGGAUAUUUCGGGGAAGGAGGCUCAUGUGUUAAAAGAUACAGAAAGAAAAUCCUAGAAAAAUUAAAGGUUGGUAAUAGGAAUCAACUCAUAGACAACCAUAGGGACACCCCCCCCUGCUCCAAUUACUAUUACUGUAGGCAGCUUUGCACGCCAGGACUCCACUCCCAGCCUCUGCACCCCUAUCCUGGGUCCUGCUCAUCUCUCCAGAACAGCAGACCUCAGUUCCCACAGAUCCUGCUGAGCUGGGUCAGUUGCUGGAGGGAGAUGAGCUCCCACUCAUACUUGGGUGGACCAAGGGCCACUGUUGCUGUCACCGGCAUAGGUGGAAUUCACUCUCAGGGCAGAAAGUAGCUGUGUGGACAGAGGGAGCAUCAGGCUCUCAGGUCAGACACCCUCCUCCACUCUGGCAUCUCGGAGGGGGGGGUCUACCUGGAGCCUGGACUGGCUUGCGUCAUCCACCUGAAGGACCCUGGGUUGUCUGUACAGACAGUAAAAAGAAGACAUUCCCAACACUUCCAGACUACACUAUGGCUGAGAGAAAAACCUUAACUGCCCUCCAUCUUCCCAGGACUCACGCAGAUACUCAGAGGUUGGCUAUGGUUCCUGAGUUUAUAGAGGGAGGAUUGAGGAGAAAAAGCUUGGGGCUCAGACCCUCUCCUUCCCAAAAAGACCCUGAGGGGGGUGAUAGUGAGCAAAGGGAUACUGUGGCCUCAGGUAUCUGCUUUGGUAGGCUUCUUCAGGGAGAGGGUCAGAGGUGACAAGCGGGUGCCAUUUUUACAGACUUGAGGCAGAGGUAGUUCAGGAGAGCACGGGACAUGGCCACAGUCAGAGCUGCAGGGUGAGCGGACAGCCCCAAAUGUGACUUCCUUGAUCAUACAUCAGCCUUGGUGACAAGAUGGGGUCAGAGGACAUGAGACACAUGGUAGGCCAGAUUCUGUCCAGCAGCUGCGGAGAGAGGCUGCAGCCAAGUCUGUGGUGAGGUGGGCCCAUCAGAGGCCAGAACAGGUGCUGCGUGUGGGGGGGAUGUACAGAAGGUCAGAGUGAGGAGCCUCUGUGAGCUCAGAAUCUGCCCCUCUGGGCAGCUUCCAAGGUUUUGAAGUCAGGGGGAUAAAUGGAUUGGUUACAACCCUGUCAGCUUUGAAAACACUCCCUUGCCCAUCGGCUUUACUGGGCUAGGGGCAAAAAGGCGAAAGAAGCAAGGGUGGCUGUAGCUGUUUAGGAGGAGAGCAGCCGGCUGUGUGGCUGCCAGGUGGCUCUUAUGCCCUCCCUGGCCACUGCAAUGUGUCAGCACCUCCCGAGGACUCCUCGGAACAGAAUACUGCCUCCCCAGAGUGGCUCUAAGGAAGCCGGAGCCUCCAGGUGACCUUCCUGCUAAGUUCCCAGAUAGCGGUGAUGCCACUGAUGGGCAUCCACACCGCGCCACAGAAUGGACCACGUGAGGGCACCGCCCCCUCCCUUCAUAUGUCAGAGCCCCCAAGUGCCCAAAGGCACGCAGGCCAUCUGGCCUGUGUCACACAUGGAGCAACUGGAGACUGUCCCCACUGGGUCCACAGAGAGGGUGGGAUGAAGCCAGCCACCGAGUGGUUUACCAAACCAGCCACGUACGUGCCUCUCAACAGUGUGCACUCGACACACCUGCCGUACUGAUCUACGACUUGGUCAGUAGGUCAGAUGGAAGGGGACCCCUUGUACUCCCAGAUCAUGCCCUUUUCUCUAUGCCUUGGGGUGGCUCUGCUGCCCCCUGGCCACUCUAGCAUGUCCAGCUGGACAUCAAGCCUCCCUCAUCCUCCCCUCCUGCUCACGUACCUGUGAAACCUGCUCGUAUCCCAUGCCAGUACUGACAGAAAUCCCAGUGGGCCCAUCGUUAGGAAGCCAGAUGGGCUCCUGGGUCCAGUUGGCCCAGGGAUGUGAAUUAUCAGACAUUCUACAAAGACAGACGUUGCCUUACCCUACCGCUUACAAUGAAACUCCUAUGUGGGUUGUGCCUCUCCACUGGUCAGUGUAUGCUUGGUGCCUUGUCUUUAUGAACUCAACAAUAAAGGACUUUACCACGGAGCGCCUUCCGCUGAUCUGGUGUCGCAAGGAGA